AAAUCUGGAAAGCCAAAGGGGAAGGAAAUAGGGCGCUGCCGGCCGGCAGGGAGGUGCGAGGCGGCCCCGGGCCAGCCCGGCCGGCGGUGCGCGGUGCGGUGCUCCCGGGCGCCCCUUCGGAGGUCAGCGGAGCGGAACGGAGCGCCCCGGGGCCGGCUGGGGAGCGGUGACGCUCCCGGCAACUUUCGCAGAAGAUUUUUGGCGCUUCAGAAAAUAAGUGGUGGGGCAGGGACCUGCCAAGCGGUUUCUAGCCGGCGUCUGGCAGGAGUAACCCAGCUUUGUCCAGCUUCUCGUCCCUCUUCGUCGGCUCCCUUCCAGCUGCAGCCCCUACUAGUUCCCACCAGGAACUCCGGCAGCCGUCGAGGGAGAGCGACCCAGACCGCUCUACAGCCGCAAAUCAUCUUUGAGGCGGGCGGAACAGGCAAGCAGCGGAGGCCGAAGCGCCCGCCCGAGCCCGGCACAAAACAUCAGGGAAAGUUUUGAAGGGAGAAGGACCUGGCAGGCUGGGGAGGAGGCGAGGAGAGCCGGGCUGAGCUGCAGGCGGAGCGAGGGUGCGUGGUCUGUCUGCUCCUCGUUUGCUUCUUCCUUCAGGCUGGCUGGGGCGAUGCAGUGCAGCUGGGGGAGCUCUUGGGAGCCGCUUUAAAAAAAAAAAAAAAAAGAAAGAAAAAAAAAGAAAGAAAAAACUCCUUCCUGGAUUUGAUUAAUUACAACAUUCCCCUCCUCAGAAGAUCUGGAAAAGAGGAGAGAGAAUCACCUAUCGCUCCCUCCGCCUUUCAGCAGCUGGCUCUACCCCCCACCCUCGCUACCCCCCCCUUUUUCUCCACCUCCUUCUCCUUUCCCCCAUUCGCUCCUGGGGCUGCGGCCAGAGCCUCGUCGGGAGGAGCGCGGGCGAGGACUCUCCCAAGUUGGCCCCAGUUGGCGGGACUCGGGGCAGCGCUCGGCGGCUCCCGCGGAACAAAGAAACCCCCUUUCCCGCAGGGGCCGGGGGGCAGCGCUGGGCUGGCCCCAGCCCUGCCCCUGCCCGGCGCCCCCGGGCUGGCCUUUCCCCGGACCCCCAGUGCGGGCGCGGCCGCCCCUUUUCCUGGAGAUCCUCGAGCAACCUGGCGAGGGGAAGCGGCGCUCCGCUCUCCUGCCCUCCCUACCGCCUUCCCUCGCUCUCGCCUUCCUUUUUCCCCCCUCCCCCCCCCCUUUUUAUUUUCGGCUUUUUCUUCUUAAAUUUCACCCCCAGGCGGCCCCGGUCCGGGGGGUCCCUUCAUCCGCCCCCGGGGCGCCGGUGCCCGGCGCGGAGCGGGGCGUAUGGGGCGGCGUUUCGGGAGGCUGUCGCCUGCUCCCCCGCCGGAUGCUGCCUGGGCUGUUUUGGCUGCUUUUCUUUGCCGGCGAUGAAGGCUCUGCCUUGAAGAUGGAAAUGAUCUGGUUUUUACUCCUGUCUCUGGUGCCGGUGUACAGCGGGGGACAAGGGGUUUACGCUCCUGCUCAGGCCCAAAUCAUCCAUGCUGGGCAGGCGUGCGUGGUGAAGGAAGACAACAUCAGUGAACGUGUUUACACGAUUCGGGAGGGGGACACGCUGGUCCUGCAGUGUCUGGUCACAGGACACCCCCGGCCACAGGUGAGAUGGACCAAAACUGCUGGCAGCGCAUCGGACAAAUUCCAAGAGACGUCAGUGCUUAACGAGACCCUUCGGAUUGAGAAGAUCCAAAGGCUGCAGGGGGGCCGCUAUUACUGUAAAGCAGAAAAUGGGGUUGGGGUCCCUGCCAUCAAGUCCAUUCGAGUAGAUGUGCAGUAUCUAGAUGAACCUGUUCUCACCGUUCACCAGACGAUCAGUGAUGUACGUGGCAGCUUCUACCAGGAGAAGACUGUCUUCCUUCGCUGCACUGUCAACUCCAACCCACCAGCUCGCUUCAUCUGGAAACGGGGAGCUGAGACGCUUUCCCACAGUCAGGACAAUGGCGUGGACAUCUAUGAACCCCUCUACACACAGGGUGAAACCAAAGUCCUGAAGCUGAAGAACCUGCGGCCCCAGGAUUACGCCAGCUACACAUGCCAGGUGUCUGUCCGCAACGUCUGCAGCAUCCCUGACAAAUCCAUCACCUUCCAGCUCACAAACACCACAGCCCCACCUGCUCUGAAGCUGUCUGUCAAUGAGACACUGGUGGUCAACCCUGGUGACAACAUCACUAUGCAGUGCUCUCUGACAGGCGGUGACCCACAGCCAGAGGUGGUUUGGUCUCACUCUCCUGGCCCAAUGCCUCCCAACAGCCUUGUGCAAGGAGGCAAUCUCACUGUCUGGAGGAUCCGCGUGGAGGACUCGGGCUACUACAAUUGCACGGCCAUCAACAAUGUGGGGAACCCGGCAAAGAAGACAGUGAACCUGCUGGUCCGGUCCAUGAAGAAUGCUACGUUCCAAAUCACCCCUGAUGUGAUCAAAGAGAGUGAGACCAUCCAGUUAGGUCAGGACUUGAAGCUGUCAUGCCACGUGGAUGCUGUCCCCCAGGAGAAGGUUGUCUAUUCCUGGUUCAAGAAUGGGAAACCAGCCAGGUUUUCAGACCGGUUGCUCAUCACCAGGAACGACCCCGAGCUCCCACCUGUGACCUGCAGCUUGGAGAUUAUUGACCUGAGGUUCAGUGACUAUGGCACCUACCUGUGCGUGGCUACCUUCCAGGGAGCACCCAUUCCUGACCUCAGUGUGGAGGUGAACAUCUCCUCAGAGACAGUGCCACCAACCAUCAGUGUCCCUAAGGGCCAGUCAACAAUCACCGUCCGGGAGGGAUCCCGGGCUGAGCUGCAGUGUGAGGUUCGAGGGAAGCCCAAGCCUCCCAUCAUCUGGUCCCGGCUAGAUAAGGAAACCCCCAUGCCUUCAGGGACAAUGACAAUGGAGACAUACGAUGGGAAGUUGCGCCUGGAGAGUGUGAGCAGAGAAAUGAGCGGGACCUAUAAGUGUCAGACAGCCAGGUACAACGGCUUUAACAUCAGACCCCGGGAAGCCCUGGUGCAGCUCAACGUGCAGUUCCCCCCCGUGGUGGAGCCGGCCUUCCAGGACGUGCGCCAGGGCAUGGGGCGCAGUGUCACCCUGCGCUGCACCAUGCUGAAGGGCAGCCCCAUGAAGGUGGCCACCUCUGUCUGGCGCUUCAACGGGACCCUUAUGGCACAGCCCCUGGCAGAGCAGCAGGACUACUCGGAGCUGAAGGUGGACAGCGUGAGCCGGGAGACCAGCGGUAGCUACGAGUGCAGCAUUUCCAAUGAUGUGGGGGUCUCCACCUGCCUCUUCCAGGUGUCUGCAAAAGCUUACAGCCCAGAGUUUUACUAUGACACUCCCAACCCCACCUUGAGCCAGAAGCAAUCCAAGAAUUACUCUUACAUCUUGCAGUGGACACAGAAGGAGCCUGAUGCUGUGGAUCCCAUCCUCAAGUACCGCCUAGAAAUUCGGCAGCUGGCUCAGAGAAACACCAUCCAAACCUUCAUUCCUGUGCAGAAAAUGGAGAAAGGCCUGUUGCUGGAGCACAUCUUGCCCAACCUGAAAGUGCCUCAGAGUUAUGAAGUUCGCCUGACACCCAUCACCAGCUUUGGGGCUGGGGAUAUGGCUGCCCGCAUCAUCCGGUACAUGGAACCAAUCAACUAUCCCAACCCAACAGAUAACACUUGCCGCUUUGAGGAUGAGAAGAUUUGUGGCUUCGUGCAAGACAAGAUGGACAACUUCGACUGGACCCGGCAGAACGCCCUGACCCAGAACCCCAAGCGCACCGUCAACACAGGGCCACCCACGGACAUCAGCGGUACACCGGAGGGUUAUUACAUGUUCAUCGAGGCAUCCCGGCCCCGGGUGACAGGAGACAAAGCCCGGCUCAUCAGCCCCCUCUACAAUAUUACUGCCAAGUAUUACUGUGUCUCCUUCUACUACCACAUGUAUGGGAAGCACAUUGGCUCCUUGAACCUCCUAGUUCGUGUGCGGAACAAGCGAGCCAUCGACACCCAGGUCUGGUCGCUCAGCGGGAACCGGGGGAACAUGUGGCAGCAAGCACAUGUGCCCAUCAACCCGCCUGGGCCCUUCCAGAUCAUCUUCGAAGGUGUCCGGGGCACAAGCUAUGAGGGGGACAUUGCCAUUGAUGACGUCACUCUGAAAAAGGGGGACUGUCCAAGGAAGCCAGUUGGACCAAAUAAGGCGGUUGCUCUUCCAGGAAGCGGAGUCCCGGCCCAGCACAGCCCAUGUCUUUGUGGCCCAUUGACUUUCUUCCUUUACGUGCUGCUCAGAUGAUGGCAAGCGAGCACUCCUGUCUUUGGACUGAGACAUUCCUGCUCCUUUCGUACUCAGCCACCUCUGCUCCUCUUCCUCCCCUCCUCACUGGCACACCAAAGUGUCCAUAUGUUACCAAAGACUGACAGGCAUGACCACGCAAAGGGAUCUGGUUCAGAACUGGAGCACUCCUUGAGAAAGUCUUAAUGUCUAGAACGAAAUUUAAAAAUAAAGGCAAAUUUUUUUUUAAAGCACGUGCGUGAGAGGAGAGAGGAAGGAAGGAAAGAAACAGAAACACAAAGAAAAGAAGGAAUGAAAGACAAAAAAAUAGGAAUGAAGAAAUGUGAAGAGCAAAUGAAGGAGGAAAAGAACACCCCUCUGUUUCCUUGGGAAUGUCGGACAGGGCUUCCUCAGGGAAGUGGGAACUUGUUUUAAACAAACAAAAAUAUAUUAAAGCACAAAUUUCUACCAGAACAGUUACCUUCUUUACUGCAGAGCCCACAGCUUGGUGGAUGACAUACUGCAGUACUCCCCUUGUCUCCUCAUGCUUUCCCACUGGCUGGGGCUGCCCCGCUCCAGCUGCAGCUUCCUGCAGUAACGCCAGCCUCAACCUUGGGCAGCAGCUGCCCUGCGUGCCAGUGGCCAGAACAUCUUGCCUCGCACCGCAUGUGCUUCAGUGUCUCCAUCCAUCGCAUCUUCCAGGCUUUCAUGUAUUUAAUUGCCCCAUGUGGUUUGCUUUGGCCUUUCCCCACUGCUGUGUGCUUCUCACCCAUCAGCCUGAAGAAGAUAGAGGAGGAAUGGACCCAUCACAUGGACCACGCUGAGUGGUGGAGAAGUCCUGGCUGGAUCUGGCUGCAGUGUUGGCCUCUGAGCGCCUCUUUCUCUCUCUCAGCACUCUUGCUGGGUAGAGAAACUAUGAGAGCAGGUCUGAGCUGCAGACAGAAGGGUGUCUCUGUGGGACUGAGAGAUGGGGCAGGGUGGAAUGUAAUGGGAAGCAGAGAGCAGUUACACAUUGGCUUCCCUUUGUGAAUGCUGGGAUGACAGUCGUCUCAGCCCUAAGCCCAGGAUUGCUUCUCUGCCUCUCUUUUGUUACCUGUUUAUUUUGGUCUUCUAUUCCAUUGCUUAACUUCCCCCACCUCAAGCUUUUUGGAUUAUGGGAAAAGUCAGUCAUUUAAACCUUCUUCAGUCAGACAGCGGGUCCUGUGCCCAUGACCCAGCCCCUGGGCCAGCAGUUCAGGCAGCUCCAAUACUGCCCUCUCAACUUCUGAGGCCUUUUAGCGCACACAGUGCGUUAGAUGCAGAGUGGGUGAAGUGUGGCAACAGCAUCAUUCCUCAGGGGUGAGGUGGUUGAGUUUUGUAAGCAUGUGUGGUCUUGCAGGCACUCAGCUUCCACUGCCAAAGUAGUGGGAAGACGAGCUGAAAGGUGGAACAGGCAGGAAAGUGCUGCAAGACGGACGGAGUCAGGAAGCUUGACCCCAAAAAGGGACUUGUGCUGAACUGUGGCCCUGUUUGCCACUGAGGAACAGGGGAACAGGGAUGGGGAAAAUGCACCUUUUUCCUGCUGGCAUCAUGAAAGCGUAAAGCUGGUGCCUCUCUCUGCUGCAGACCUGCAGCUGGUCUGGCCUGACCUCCUCAGGGUGGAGGCACGUGCUGCUACAGAUGAACCCCCAGGAGAAGGGUCUGCCCUGCACCAGCCAAGUGGGAGCUGUGAUAGCCUUGUUGCAACUGGAAGCAGCUCUGGGCAUGGCUUGUCUCCCUGCACAGGGCAGAGUUAGUACCACAUGACUGUGAACACAAUUUGGCAGUUCAGUUAAGCGGGACUCUUCCCCCUAAGGGACACUCCCUCCAAACUCCAAAUCUGGGGCAGCACAGAUGUACAAUGAGCUAGCUCUCUCAACAGAGCCCCCAGCACUCAUGCUCCUUACUCAUUUCUGAUUAAUGUAUCAGCUUCUCUGAGAGAACUGUGUUUGUCUAAAGUCACAUGAAUGUAUUAGCUGUUUCCUGCAUUGCUCAGCCCCCAGAAACACUAAUGCUGCACUAAUGCUCCCUGGCCACCAUUGGAGAGAGAGAAAGGACAUCAGCUCUGAGGGACAAGAGGACCGCCUUCACAGGAGGCCUUGCAAGACAGUGACAGGGGAUGAUAUGGGUCUCCCUUGCUCCUCUUGCUUUUCUCUACUCCUGAGAAUGAGAACUGUGUCUUUUCUGUCUCCAACCCCUCCAGAGCCCAGACCUCAAUCACACUGCAUAUUUGACUGGGAGACCUGUGGCUGUGUCCCAUAGCCAGGCAGCGUUAUGGGAUGCUGUGGGUGCAGACAGCGAUUCAGAUUCUUGCUGUCUGUUGCCAUUUUUGCGGGCAGCCAGUGCCACGACCAUCUUUUAGCUGAGUUCUUUCAGUCCUAUGCUAUUCCUUUCCUCCAUGCUUGUUGGAGGCCAGAAGUCAUCAUCCCACACCUGAUAAGAGUCCACUUUCACUCCUAGGGGAAAGAGGAUGCUCUCUGGGGGCCCUUGGGUGCUUCAUGAAAGCUCCUGAUCUGAUAGCAGAAAAACAUUUGUGUUACGUUGCUGGUUCCAGGGGGCUUCUGCUGGGCAGAAGGUGGAGACAGGAGAAUUUCCCCAUCGGUAAAAGGUAGCCCAGGGCAACCAUGUCACCUUCUAGGCUCUGAGGCAGAGACCCUUCUGCUGGCUGCUUAGCCAGAGUUGCACAGCAUGUUUUGCUGAUAUUUAGUGGCAGCAGAGGUGCUGUGGGGACGUGCAGCCUGAGGGCUCAAGAUCACAGACAAAGCAUUGUCUGUUAGGCAAGCGUCAGCAAAGGGGCACCAUAUUUUUAGAAAGGGACACCUGCAGGGAGGGUGUCUGUGCCCUGCUGCCAGCUCCUGUGAGGAAGGAUGUAAGUGCCUCACCAAGCCAACCCGCGGUGCAAGAGAGGAAGAAGCCCAUUGGUGGCAGUGGGUUCAGGGCAGAGCAAGCAGAUCGCCCCAGCCAGAGGUGAAACCUUCUCCUGCUCUCAGGUGUGGGCCCAUCAGCUUCAGUAAAAGUCUCAGGGAGCCCGUUCCCACUUAGACCUCUGCUCCUGUAUCUCUGGCUAGAAAACAGCUGGUGGUGAGUUUGGGGGAGAGUCGUUAACCCAAGUGCCUCAGCUUGUCAGAAGUACUGAGGACGAAAGGAAGGACCUCAUUUCCCUGGCAGGUGUGCUGAGAGAGUGUAGCAGAGAAAGGAGGCACUUCAGCAAGGAUGAGAAGCUGUGCAAUGAUGGGGCAGGGAGGGGGAGGCAGUGUCCCUCCUCUCUGGGGGUAGUGGUAUUUGUGGUUUGCUACCCCACACUUGAGGGGGCAAUUCUUGCAGUGGUAAUGCAUCCCAGGUGAAAUAUAAAGCCAUGCUCCUUACCCCUUGCAAUUAAAGAUCCCCUCACACUUUUCAUGGUGUUCUGGCUAAAUUACAGUCCUUAAACUUAAUUACAGACUGUCUUCUAAAAUAUCUGUUGCAGUUCCAACAUUAUGUUUCUGUUCCUGAUGUUUUAUGUUGCUCUGUGCCUAUCAAGUAGCUGCUUUAUUCCACUGCAGAAGUGGCUGCAUUUCAGUGAUGGUGGAGAUUAUUCCUGUACAUAGUAUGAAAUUCCCUGCAGAAGAAAAGUGCAAUAUAAAUUUAAGAGACUGCUUUUAUUUACAAGGAGACCUCUGCUUGGUAGUUGUAGAAAUACAUUAAGAAGAAUGCUGUGUGGGUGUUAGCCGAUAUAUACUCGAUUUCUUUUUUUUUUUUUUUUUUUGGAUAUAAAACAGAAACUAUGUGAGUGUGCAGGCUCCUGGGUAUAAGUUGUAGGUAUUAGAAGCAGUGAAUGCUACUGUGUAGUUACAAGUGGGACUUACAAAGAAACUUUCAUUUGAAACCUCUUCUUGUAGUUGUCCAUUGUAUUCUGAAAAAUAUACUUUUUUAAUUAUAAUUUUCCACAGUUCAGUGCAAGUCCCAAUAACAGGUCAUCAACAGGGCUUUAAUUCAUGGCUUUUAACAAUAUGAACUUCCAUUCCUACUGCUUGCUCUGAAAAGGAGCUCCUGUCUGGUAAUAGUAAUAGACUAUGUUUCUUCCACAUAGAUCAGCCACUGGAAAGCGAUGGAACUAAUAAUAUGUUUCAUUUGAUGUGGAGUUAAGUAAUUUGGAACGCCUGAGUGCAACUCUUCCCAGCUGUAUGGGAGUGAAAAAUGUUUCAUCUGUAUGAAAAACUUUGUGUAGUGCACAAAUGGUUCGGAAACCCCUAAAGUGAAGUGUUGUGAUUGGCAUGCAUGCAGAGCUGCCCCAGCAAAGCUGUACAGCACGCUGCCUGAAGAGCAGCUGUAGCAGCAGUGAUACGGAGCCCUUCUUCUGGGACGUAGCUUUCUUCUGGAAGGAAAUAGGGUGACAAU